CAUACGAUAGUCCAUCUCGAUAUCAAGUAUUUACAUUUUUUCAAUAUUAGGGGCAGCUGAAAAAGUGGAUAAAAUUGUUGCACAGCAGGAAAAAGCAAAUGGAAACAUCACAGGAGGACAGCCUGUGCACCGAGAUGUUGCUCGUCACGGCGAACGUGGGAAGUCUUUUCGAGGAUCCAGAGAGGCUGCUCCAGCUAUGGCUCCACGAGUUUCUCGACAAAGUUUCGCACGUUCAGGCAAAGUUCCUGGCACUUCACCUACAGGAGGUGGGCGGCAAGACGUACGAGAAGUCUAUGGAAUAUGUGCAGGAGUUCAUCAAAGCCCUCUGCGAUGCACCCGUCAUGUCUGACUACACUUGCGUGCAGAUAUUCAUGGAUGAGGACUUCAAGUCGGCCGAGCAUUUCACGGCUCUUGGAAACCUUUACUUUGUCCACCAAGACGUUGCGUCAUUGAAACUGUGGAACUUCCUCACUCACAGUUGGGAGGAGGACCUUCAAGUGAUCAAAGGUAAACAUAUCUACUCUGGAAACAUUGAAACUAUUGCCACCAAGGAAAAAUCGAAAUUUCCGCAACAUUUUUUCCCCGAGUGCAAGUGGUCGCGAAAAGGCUUCAUGCGAACACGAUGGGAAAUAAAUGGAACUGUUUUCGAUCUAGUCAAUAUUCACUUAUUCCACGAUGCAUCCAAUCUGGCUGCAUGCGAAAACUUCCCCUCGGUCUACUGCAAAACCCGAAGAAGAGCUUUAGUUCAUACCAUUGAAAGAUUCCAUUUGGACAAACAGAAUGGCACUGUUCCCUUUUUCUUGUUUGGCGAUUUUAAUUUUAGAUGCGACACCGAGGGCGUUGUAAAAGAACUCACUCAAAACUUGAGCGCCCAUCGGGUGCAGAAUAUUAAGAAUGAGAACGAUAAAAUAAACUAUCGGAACUCAACAGGAGAUAACGUACUUACUGUGGGAAAAAAAGAAUUUAGUCAUGCCGAUCAUCAACUCAAGUUUAAGGAAGACUGGCUUAAAAAAUUUGAUAGAGAACUGGAACCACUCAAGGACGUGUUAGUCGAAUACCCCAUUCAGUUCGUGCCAUCAUAUCCUUUUGAAGAAGAUCCCGAAAUGCCUACGGAUUAUAUGUCUACUCGUUGCCCGGCGUGGUGUGAUCGGAUUUUAAUGAGUCCCCUAGUGCAGGAGAUCGUCAGCAAUGAUGAAUCGACGUACGGCAUGAUUGGGGAAGCGGUAUGCAUGGGCGACCACAAGCCUGUUUACUUAACUGUCCGUCUUAAACCAAACAAAGGUACUUAUAGAUCUUGUGAUUGCAACAACACGCAAACUUACGCAAACUCCAACGAUAUCUCAACAUCACCUCUGCCCGCCGCAGUCAAGCUGAAAUUCUGUCCGUACUCGAAUAAGCUCUUUAAAGAAAUAGCCACCAGUUCAAAAGUUAAUAGUACGACGGAAGCUCGAAACAUGUACAAUUCCCUCAAAAUUAGUCAAAAUGAGGAGCCGGACAAGACGACUUCCCCGAACUUUCCGAACAUUAGUAUUAAUAUUAUUGACUCAGAUAAUAUCUGUAUGUGCUUGUGCGCCCAUCUAUCCACCAAUAACCUUCAAUUCGAUGAUAGUAGCCGAGCUGACGAAACCAUUUGCCCCAUGUGUCGGAACAUAAUCAAGAAACAGCCAGUCGCCCACCGAUACAAACUGGUGUCGAAGCGUCUGAUGUUGACCCAAGAGAUUAUAAUCAACCGAAUCGACACACAGCACCUAAGUACUGACUCUGAGCGACUGUUCGAGGACCCGUACACUCCUGAGAGCACCGAGUCUCACUCCCCCUAUCCGGAAGUUACUAGCUCGUCCUCGAGCAGUUCUCGCAGUCCCCUUGACCGUAGAUUUUUGCCGGACAAAGUUCUAGAGAGUAAUGCGGGCGGAACAGACGUGUCGCCUCUUCCAGAGCCAAGCAAUCAUACCCCGGAGAAGCCAUCACGCGGCACAGUAACCCCUGGCCAACUCAAGUCCAGGCUAGAGAACCUUAAGCGCUUGUCCAUUAAAGGCGAAGGCGAUAUGGAAACGAGUGCGGAUGCGGGAACGGGUGAUGUUGACAAAGUUGAUGCUGCACCACCGCGCCAAAGACGCAGCUCUAGUGUUAUUCCUAUGUGUUGUACUAUCCACUAAUUCCAGUUGUUGCUUGUUAUUUUGAUUUGUAUUUUGUUCUUAAGGAAAAUAUUUUAAAAUCGGCGAAUAGAAUACUGCUUUUUAAAGCGCCAUACAUCUUAUACCUUCGCAUAAACGGAAGAAUUAAAAUAUUUCUUUCGAUCUGCAUGCACAUAAUACCAAAAAACUUUCUGAAAGGCAUUUUCUGAAUCAUUUCAAUUUAGCACACAUUCACAUUGCUAUUUAUACAAUUACUUUAAGCCAAUUGAUUUUUUAUCUCUAUAUAAAUCUCAUCAACAUGUCUAGUUUUUAAAAUGCUUUUAUUUUAGAAAGCAAAACCAUAUUUUUAAGUUCCAGAGCUGUGUCAAAAGUUCUAAGCGCCAGAGUUUAAAAAACUAUUUGGUUUCCUUUCCCUCUGUGUAAAUAUAUUUAUUUUAAUCUACCGGAAUCAAAUGUAAAUAUGUCGGGCAAUCGUGCAAUUUUAUGAAUGUCGAAAUUAAUAUCGAUUUUCCACUUUCCAUCCUAAAUAUUUGGUUCCUUCUCGCAAUAUCAGCCAUUCAUUUUAAGCCUGUAUUAAAAUAUUUCUUUGAAUCUGUGUUUUAAUUAUGUAUUUAUAUUGUUUAUUAUGUGUUCCGUCUAUCUUAAGAAAAUAAACUACUUUUUUUUACCUCACA